AUGAAUGUCUGGUCUGGUUCACUUGCACUAGACAGUGAUUCUUCUCUCCAAGGUCUACAGCUCAUUGACCAGACCUCCAGUUGGCAGUCGGAUAUACACAGGAACUCUACGCUCAGUUUUCGCGGCUUUGUAAACCCUGCCCUAGUGCCGCUAUAUGCUCGAGUUGGACCCAAUCUCGAACUGCAUACAUCGGACAUCGAAGCUUCACAAUGGCUGACAGGGAAGCUUCUUGCCAAUAUUUGGCUAAACGGGGAGGAUAUGGAUAGAUUUCAAACUAUUCUGUGUCCGGUAGGUCUUCUCGUUGGUGUCAGUAGCAUCGCACGCACGAAGGCAUCCGCAUCGACUACGACGGACCUCCUAAUUCACGGGAGCCUGUCGAGCUCAACGUCAUUCGGUCGGCCUCCUACCCCGCCUGUGUCAUCAUCCUCGUCAAGUUUGGAUGAAAUCGUCUCUCCUAUGGUAAAACAGGAACUACGGAUAUAUGCCACGCCCCUAUCCACAUUUCUCAUUUCGAAGGCGCAGGCUCUGCCGUCCCCAAACCAUGUUGAAGGGACUGUAGGAGAUGGGCAAUCGGCGGAAUUCCUCCCAGACAUCCGCUCCCCAAGCCCUAAACGCAAGCGGGUAGCAACCCUUUUUGAAACCGCCGCGCAACAUCAUAGGAGGGUACGGCAGAAAGGAGGUGAAGCUGUAUCGCAGCUAAUGGCGCACUCAAUCUCCCAACCAUCUCAACAACACCUGCAGACUCUCCGGAUCAAGCAGGAAUCUGAAGAACUUGGACACUUGGCGCUGGAUCGAAUUGCAUCGCAACGGUCAAGAUCCCUCUCUGUUGGGGCGAAUCUCCAUCCCAGUAAGCCUUUGGAACCGAGGACAGAGCAUCCUCCACAAAGCGGAAACAGGGGCCACGUGCGCGAAUGGGUCCCGAGGAAGAACACACUCAAUCCAUUUAUGGAAUCCAUUGCAAAGAAGGAACGGGAGCCAUCUCCGUCAUUGCUGUCGUCUGAGGGAAGGCACGAGUCUUCAUCCACCACGACAGACGCGGACGCCGUCAUUCUUGACAACAAGAAUACCAUCACACGUACCAUUUUAACCUGCAUGCGUCUAUAUGGGUAUAACCGAGCCACCGCCCGGUCCGGAUCGUCAGGCAAAGGCACCGCGGAGACCAAUGCUCAGAACAUGCUUCCCGCCCAUACUGAAGACAGAGGUCCUCACAUGACUCCCAGCGGUAUCCCUGAAACGAUGCCUGCCUCUAGCACGGACGAGGAUGAGUUCAAGGCUAUGUAUCAUGCGACCUACCGUGCCUCAACUUUUGCACUGCGGAAAUAUCUAAAAGAGACACCCGCUGACGGAGACUCUUCGAAGACGCUCCCCCCGCGAUUGGAAAAAGAGAAGGCUAUGAACUACAUCGACGAGUUCCUGCGGCUGUUCUGCGAGGAGAACUAA